UUGAUAGUGUGAUCUUCCGAAUUUUAUCCCAUAAAAGCGUUCGCUAGUAAAGCGAUCAUGGCAUUCUUGUGACAAACGGUGGAAAGACGGUUGAGUUUGAGCUUAGGGCGUGCUUUCUUUUGCUAAAAAAAAAUGGGUGCACAUUUCGAUCGAAGUGGUUUGGGACGGUUUGUGCUGAUGGCGAUAAUAGCAUCAACGUUGGAGAUGACAGUCGUUGCACAAGAUGCUAGCUUUUACACAAACUUAAUCACGUUUGCGAUCCAUAACAGUGAGCAAAACGUGACUACGAACGUUGUCUCGGACUUUGAGGAUUUUGAAGCAUUGGGCUGCAACAGUUCGGAUCCGUUUGCCGUCAUAGUGCACGGAUGGAAAGAGAGUUGUCAAACGGAAUGGCUGGUAGACAUGAUUGGCAAUCUAUCAAACGUUCGAAGCGGUUGUAUCUAUUGCAUGAAUUACAACAAUUUCUCCCGCCACGAUGACUAUUUCGGUUUGGUGCGCCAGUUCUUACCGAUAUCGGAAGUGUUGGUGACGAAGCUGCACCAGUUGGAGAAGUUUGGAUACGAUUUCAAUGAUGGUUACAUGUUUGGAUUCAGCUACGGUGCCCAUCUGGCGUUCGACUCGUUAAGAAGGUUUGGACCCGGCAAGUUAGCUGCACUGGAUGUUUGUGAGCCAGCUGGCCCCGGUUUCGAUGGAGAGCAGCAGUAUCGCGAGAAAGAUCCCAAAGAAGCAGCGAAAAAUGUGCAGUGCAUCCAUACGAGCGACAACUACGGUACGCACGAACGAAAAUGUCACCAAAACUGGAAUCUGGGACGGUGCGGCAAAUCACAGGACGCAGCCGGUCCAUAUCCCAAGGGCUCACAUGGACUUUGUCCAUACAUUUACAACAGCGCGUUCAAAUAUGACUUUUUGGCCAUGCCCAACAAACAAAACUGUGAAACGAAACGCCUUGCACCAGCAUGGCCAAAGGGAUUCCGGAUGGGUUACUUCAUGGAUCGCAAAAGCGACGUGAUUGGUGAUCUUUUUGCGGCCACCUCGAGGGAAUACCCGUACUUCGACAAUACCUUUGCUAACGAAGUCAAUGAAGUUUAAUUAGUUUGCGAAAGGGUAUAAGACUACUGGGUGUACUCGAUGCGGUUGCCGGGGAACAUAACAUCCGUGUCGAAUUAGUACCAUGAAGUACCGUGAAGAGAAGAAAGAUGGUCGAAUUAGUUUGUCAUAAUUUUUUUGUGAGUGAAGAUGUUUAUUACAAUCCCGAACCUUUAUCAACUUGUUUGUUGUCGAAAGAAGUAGAAAAUAAAAAUUCCUUUUCCUUUGGGUUGAUUUGAUUAAAA